AUGGCACAUGAGGGUUCUUCUUCUCUAUCACGAUCAUCAUCAUCAUCAUCAACAGUUCACGCUCAGCUAACAACUCAGACGGAAGAUCGAUCUAUUACUCGAAGUGAACUUCCGUACGAUUCCGACGUUGACUCACUACUCGCUCUAAAACAUUUUCAACCAUCAGUCAAACGACAAACAUCAAUAUCGAUUACAGAAGAAUCUGUAUGUUUACCCAUAUCAAGUGACGAUGAACUUCACGAUAGAAAUCAUUCGACACGAAUAUUACCUUCAAUACAACCCAUGGAGACUAAUGUUGAAGGUAAUAUACAUAAACUUCGAUUGCGUUUGAUCGAUUCCGACGCUAAACAACCACGUGCACGAAGCGAUGAACCGAAAAAACGCACCCCACAGAGGAGUUCAGAAAAUCAUCGACGAAGUAGAUCAAAACCACAACGACAUGAUUCUAAAAUUCAACGAAUACACGAUUUAUACAAUCAUCGUUAUCGAGGCGGUCACCACAUGUUAUUUCCAAGUUAUUCCUAUGACUCUCGUUUAUAUCUACAGCCUUUGGAUGAGGAACCAUCGCUUAUCUCUUCCAAUAUGGAUUAUCUGAUUGACUCGAUGGCUCGGCGUCGUCUGGCUUUUCGUCAAUUAAAUGGUAGUUUUGACCAACAACGAACCAACAAUGGAUAUCGUAGUCCAUAUUUUGGUCCGCUGAAUGAUGAACAAAUUUAUCUUCACAAUGAAGAUCUUAUUUACACCAAUCGAUCUUCUGGAAGUCGAACCGAACGUGAUACUCGUCGUGCAGAAGCUUAUGAGAAAAUGCUUCAAUUACACGUUGAUCAUAAUGUCGGUAUGACCGGUUCAAAUGAAAAGGAACCGACAGUAAAACUGCCACCGAUCUCAUCGAAACAGAAAUCUCAUCAAUUGCAAAAUUUACCGAAUAGGAAUGGCUACCAAAAUCAUCAAACAGCACUACCACCAGUUUCGUCUGAACAUUUAAUCAAAUUACCAAGUGACAUAUAUGUCUCACCAAAAUCGGAUCGUUCAACUCAUAAAUCACGGCCACAUCGAUCACUUUCCAAAGAGACACAUUCGGAAAAUGAACGAUCUGGAGAAGAAACGGAUAUAUCAGUAGACCGACGUUAUCGAAAUGAGUUGCAAACCAGUGAAAAUGGGUUCUUUACCGAACCAGAUGGUAAAGGAAAGAAGUCAACAAAGAUUCGUCGGAAUCCAUUCAAGAAAGGAGCUUUUGCUAUUCUGUUUGUCGUUUUUGUCAAACAUCGAGUCCAUCAAAAUCGAUCACAUCGUUCAAUUCAAUCACCAAGUUUAGCUAUACAUAAGAUUCGUUUACAAGAACUACUCGUCGCUCUACAUCGAGUAUAUCUCGAGCCAGACGGUCCUAUAUUCAAUGCACUGAUCCAAGCAAUAACUCAUCCAAUAUCUUUACAACAUGCUCUGAAUAGUUCAUCGAGAAAUUAUUCAGAGGCUAUUGAAACGAUCGGAAAUGCAAUGAAAGAUAUCGUAUCGAAAAUCACUCAGUUUAUGCCGAAAGAUGGUAUUCUUGGUACAACGAAAAAUUCGGCUAUAUCGAUUUUUCUUCAAAAUGGAAACCCAUUUCCUGACAAAUAUUUUUGGGAAUGCGAACGAGAACAUUUGGAGUUCGAUCAUUCGAAACUCAUCAAUAUCACUCAACAACGGGCAAUACUUUUACUCAUUGGUCUCUUCAUCUUUCGGGCGCUCGUCACGACUUUAUUAAUCAAACCAAUCAAAUAUCGUUUGGUUCUUGGUCAAAUCACAUCAAGUCAAUCGACGAGUUUGAAAGUUUUCUCCUCUGUUUUGCUUCAUCUUGGUCGGCGUGCAGCUGGAACCAAGUCUCAACUUAUCGCUUUACCGAACGAAUGGAAACUUUCAUUAUACACGGAUGCUGAUAUUCAAUCGAUUAUUGAGAAUUCUCAAAUCAAAUCAAUAAUGAAUACAUGCGAACAUUCAUUACGAAUAUGGUGCNACCAGAUGAAAGGAGCUUUUGCUAUUCUGUUUGUCGUUUUUGUCAAACAUCGAGUCCAUCAAAAUCGAUCACAUCGUUCAAUUCAAUCACCAAGUUUAGCUAUACAUAAGAUUCGUUUACAAGAACUACUCGUCGCUCUACAUCGAGUAUAUCUCGAGCCAGACGGUCCUGUAUUCAAUAAAUUAUUCAGAGGCUAUUGA